CCAUGAAUCCAGCAUGGCCUUCCAAGCAAACCUCACCAACUACCACCAGUGGCCCUACAAUCCCAAAGCAACCCCAACUCCAGCUCCAAACUUGCCCUCAAACGCCACUCCUGCUUCAAACGCAAGCCUGGAUUCAGACAGCAACACCUUCUGGCUCCCAAAAUACCGCAUCAUUCUCGCACUCGACCUAGAAGCCUCAAUCCAUCUCAACAGCGACGACGACAAUGACAACAGCAGCAGCAGUAAUUGGACCCACAUAACCAACCUCAUCCACCUCUCCUCUCCCAUCCUCACCCCCCAACAAACAGCAAUCUACCUCGACAUCCUCCUCCGCGCCAGCACCACCACCCCUCUCACAAACAUCAUCCAAGCCAUCAAGCAUCUCCUCCGAACGAUCCACACCUCCCCCUCCCCCGACCUCACCAAAUCCACCAAAUCCACCACAACCACAACCACAACCACCACCACCAUGUAUCAAACCCUCCCCCGGUACCUGCACGUGCUGUACCAGCUGGCCCUCGACGCAAGCCAGCCCGACCUCGCGGAGUCGGUCCUCGAUCAGGUGCUGGUCCUCGUGCGGGACUGGCAGAUGACCGAAUUCCCGGCGGUGGAGGUGCAGUGGAUGGCGUCGGUGGCGUUCAAUCGGGCGGUGGAUUUCUAUCUGGCCGGGGAGGAUGAGGAGUGUCGGCGGUGGGCGGGGAAGGCGAUUGCGUUGGCGGACUUGCUGGUGGUGGUGGUGGAUGGCGGGGGUGGUUUGUUUGGGGGGUUGUUGAGGGCGAGGUAUGGGAAGUUGAUGGUGGGAGGGGUGGAAGGAUCGGGGUCAAUGGAUAAGGAGUCGGGUGGGAUGGUCUGAAUUGGGAGGUU